AUGGCCAUUCCGUACAGGCAGGCCUCACGGCAGCAGUCGCGACAAAUGUCGACCGAUCCUCGCAACGAGCUUCACCCGCACGUUGAUCAUUACAUCGGCAUCGAUGUCGGCACAGGCAGUGCUAGAGCCUGUAUCAUGAAUGAUCAGGGCGAUAUUGUUGGUUUGGCUUCAGAGAACAUUGGUUUGUGGCAACCACAGACCGGCUACUAUCACAACAUCGAACGAGACUCUAUCCGCGGCAUUGGCUUCGACGCUACGUGCUCACUUGCAGUCUUCUCCAACGACACAGAUGAGCCUGUCGCUGUGACCGGGCCAAACUUCGACAACAAGGACGGUAAUGAUCGCAACGUAAUCCUGUGGCUUGAUCACCGCCCAGUUGAGGAAACAAACAAGAUCAACGCGACCAAGCACAAUCUGCUCCGCUACGUUGGUGGCAAGAUGUCCAUCGAGAUGGAGAUUCCAAAGGUGCUCUGGUUGAAGAACAAUAUGCCCAAGGACCUCUUCGACCGCUGCAAGUUCUACGACUUGACAGAUGCGCUUACACACAUGGCUACUGGCAGUGAGACUCGAAGCUUCUGCAGUGUAGUCUGCAAGCAGGGUUUUGUUCCAGUCGGUGUCGACGGCAGUGUGAAAGGCUGGCAAGAGGACUUCCUCACCGAGAUUGGUCUCGAAGACUUAGUGGAAGACAACUUCAAGCGCAUGGGAGGCGUCGACAAAGUGAACGGACGUUAUCUUACUGCGGGAGAACUUGUCGGUACGUUGAGUGAGAAGGCCGCGGCAGAUAUGGGCCUGCAACCCGGCAUUGCGGUGGGUAGCGGUGUCAUCGACGCCUACGCUGGCUGGAUCGGUACCGUAGGUGCAAAGGUCAAGCUCAACGAAGACACGUUGGAUAUGGAAGUGCCCAAGAAUGAUGUCUCUCAAGCCUUUACGCGCCUUGCCGCAGUUGCAGGAACUUCGACCUGCCAUCUCGCCAUGUCCCGCGACCCAGUCUUUGUGGACGGAGUGUGGGGCCCCUACCGAGAUGUUCUCCUGCCAGGGUACUGGAUGGCUGAAGGUGGCCAAAGUGCGACAGGAGAGCUUCUGAAGCACGUCAUUGAGACACAUCCUGCUUUCCAAGAAGCGACUUCGGUUGCGGAAACUUACAACACCAACAUCUACGAUUAUCUCAACGAGCACCUUCGCGAAAUGGCUGAGAGCGCUUCGGCACCACAUAUCGCAUGGUUGGGACGUCACUUCUUCUUCUACGGCGAUCUAUUCGGCAAUCGUUCGCCUGUCGCCGACCCGAACAUGAAGGGCUCGGUCAUCGGCCUCAGCUCUGAUAAGAGUCUUGACGGUCUCGCACUCUACUAUUACGCAACAAUGGAGUUCAUCGCUCUGCAGACGCAUCAGAUCGUUUCUGCUAUGAACAAGUCUGGGCAUGUCAUCUCUUCAAUAUUCAUGUCAGGAUCACAGUGUCAGAACAAUCUCCUCAUGCAGCUCAUGGCUACAGCUUGCGACAUGCCUGUACUCAUUCCUCGGUACGUCCAUGCAGCCGUUGUACACGGAGCAGCUAUGCUCGGUGCAAAGGCCGCAAGUACCGAUAAGGAUGGUAACAGUGAGCCAUUGUGGGACAUCAUGGACAGGUUCAGUAAGCCUGGUAAGACGGUGAAGCCAAUUGCCGACAAGAACUUGAAAGGGUUGUUGGACGCAAAGUACAAGGUCUUCCUGGAGCAGUGCGAAGGCCAGCAGCGCUACAGGAAAGAGGUUGACGACGCCAUUAAGGGCUGGACGUCUAAGUCAUAGGCUAUCGUAGAGGUUGCUGGGUUUGCAAAUCGUAGGACGGAUUGUAUGACCGGACAACAAUUUUCAGACGGCGCAGAGUCCCUGC